AUGUCAGCUGUCUGGCGAACCAAGCUAAGAAUUCAUUCGCCACGUCGUCAUUUUGCAUCAGUCUCACCACACAACAGCCAGCAUCACUGUCGUGAACUCGUGAAGAAAGCCGACUACUACAAUUAUCUCUGCACUCUGCUUUUGCCUCAACCUCAACAAAGGUUCGCGUUUGCACUUCGCUCGCUCAAUGUAGAAGUUUCGCUUAUCAGAGACCGUGCACCGACCGACGCAGUGGCAAGUUUGCGCUACCAGUACUGGCUCGAUUCAAUCAGCACAAUCUUCACCCAAAGUCAGCCGAAGUACCCAUCCCCCGUUGAGCAAGAACUCUGCUGGGCGAUCGAUCGCUUUCCCGGCGUCUCACGCCAUUGGAUAGUUAAUCUCGUUCAGUCGAGGUGGAAGCGUGCAGGUGGAGUGCCUUUUCGAGAUUGCGCUGAAUUAGAACACUACGCCGAAGCCACUAACGCGCCAAUUCACUACUCACUCGCUGAGGCCUUCAGUAAUGCUAUUUUCGUUGCUGAUGGAUGCUUUUUUGUAGACAUCAAAUCGAUAGAAUUGGAUCACGCUCUCUCACACAUGUCGAAAGCCCAGGGGAUACUCACUCACCUGCGCAGUGUAGUGCCACUUGCUAAACAGCACCGAAUUUUGCUGGUUCCGACUGAUGUUUUGGUCGAGGCAAGUCUACACAAGAUCCCGGCGGAGAUAUUUCUUCGACUAUGCUCCACGGGCAUUGACUCGCCGCCAGCCCUGGAGGAUGCGGAUGCGCGAGUGGAGCAGCUGCGGGACGUCUGCCACGACAUCGCCUCCCUCGCUCACCGACACGCCUCCAAGGCGGCAAUCCAGGGGCAGGAGGUGCUUGCCAGGGGAAAGCAGACCGCCGCAGCAUUGCUGAUGUUGCCGCUGGUGCACGUGUGCGCCCUCCUGUCGAACUUUGCCUCGUGCAACUUCGAUUUGCGACACCCCCGUCUGGUCGCCCGACGGGACGGUCUGAUGCCCCUCAGAAUCGCUUGGUGUGCCUUGCGUGGGAAGAUCGCUUCCCCACCCAAGGCAUGA